AUGAUUUUCAAAUCUCGUUUUCCUGAUAUUGAAAUUCCAAAAAUCGGGGUUUAUCAAUAUGCUACAAGUAAUCCUAGUGGAAUUGAUGAUGACAAACACAUCUUUAUUGAUGCUAUGACGAAUAAAAAAUUAUCGUUUGGUGAAUUUAAAAGAGAUACAAAGAGAUUAGCGGCUGGUUUGGUUAAUAAAGUUGGAUUUAAACGUGGAGAUGUUUUGGCCAUAUUCUCUACUAACCACCUUGAUUAUCCGACCGUGGUAUAUGGAGGAAAAGUGUCCCCGAUUAAUCCAUUAUAUACGGUUGAUGAAUGCACCUAUCAAUUAAAAGAUUCUGGUGCAUCCGUCAUUAUAGUUAAUCCUUCAUUUCUUUCAAAUUUGAUUGAAGCCGCAUCCGCAGCAAAUAUUCCAAAAUCCAAAAUAUUUUUGUUUGGUGAAGAAGAAAUUGAUGGAAUUCGACCUUUCUCAUCUUUAUUUUCGGAAAAAGAAAUUAAUCCAAUAGAAUACACCCCAGAAGAAGCAAAGUCAACGACUGCCUUUUUAUGUUACAGUUCCGGUACUACAGGAAAGAAUAAAGGAGUUGAAACUACUCAUUAUAAUAUGGUAUCAAAUUUAGCUCAAUUAUCUGCUUUCGAAAAGGGAUUUACUCAUGAAACUUCUUCCAUUGGAUUUCUCCCUUUCUUCCAUAUAUACGGAAAAGUCUUCCUUUUACACCUUAUUAUUCUUAAGGUAUAUAUCAAUAAUAAGGUUGCGAAUGUUAUACCGGUAAAUCUAAUACAAACUCAUUCAUCUCCGCACUUCGAAUUAGAAAUAUUUUGUCGUGCGAUUCAAGAUUAUAAAGUAAAUUUGGUACCAGUUGUACCUCCUGUCAUUUUGCUUUUGGUUAAAAGCCCCAUUGCAAGAAAAUAUGAUCUAUCAAGUUUACGAUUACUUAUAUCCGCUGCCGCUCCUUUAAGCAAAGAAUUAACUAAUGAUUUUUUUAAAAUUCACAAAAUUCCAAUCAAACAAGCUUACGGUUUAACAGAGACAUCUCCAAUUACACAUUUGGGGGAGACUGAUAACAUUAUCCAAGGCUCGAUUGGAAUUCUUCUUCCAAAUAUUGAAUGUAAAAUAAUUUCGGAGAAUGGUCAAGAACUCGGAUGUAAUGAACUUGGCGAAUUAUACGUCCGUGGACCAAAUGUUAUGAAGGGGUAUCUUAAUAAUAAGAAAGCUACGGACAUGUGUAUUGAUAGCGAUGGUUGGUUUCGUACAGGGGAUGAAGUAUACGCUGACUCUCAAGAAAAUUUUUUCAUUGUCGAUCGCGUUAAAGAAUUAAUUAAGUACAAGGGAUUCCAAGUAGCUCCAGCCGAACUUGAAUCAAUUUUGCUUACUCAUCCAUCUAUUGAUGAUGCUGCGGUAAUCGGAGUAUAUUCUGAUGAAAGCGCAACAGAAUAUCCGACAGCGUUCGUAGUAUUACAAAAAGAUAUAAAUCAAUCUGAUGAGAUAAAGGAAGAAAUUAAAGAAUUUGUCUCUCAAAGAGUUUCUAAUCAUAAAAAAUUACGUGGUGGCGUUUAUAUUACUGAUCAAAUUCCUAAAAGUCCCUCUGGACAAAAGCCCGAACCCAGGGAACAUUUUAAGGAUGCCCGCGCUGGAGCAAGGAAUAUUGCAGAGAACAUGCUUCCAAGUCCAGUUCAUCCAAAGAAUCUGAUGUUUGGAGGAAGGCUAGCAAGUUUUCCAAUAAGUCCGAUUAAUGUUAGUCCAAAGCAAUGA